CUGCCACGCCUCAAUUCUUCGCGCCAUGAAUCUUUCUUUCUCUCACACACAAUUUUGCCGAGAAAAUUCCCUCAAGAAACUGCAAGAAAAUUCAAAAACCCUAAAAUCAAAAUUCCAUUCCAAAAUCCAAUUCCAAUUAAUACAAAAACACCAAAAUCUCUAUGAUGGAUCAUUACAAGGUUCUAGGGUUAAACAAAACAGCGUCAAAAGAAGAAAUCAAAAUCGCAUUCAAGAAACUCGCGUUUCAAUUUCAUCCAGAUAAGCAUUCUCAAUCAUCUAAAUCCGUUAGAGAAAAUGCAACAAUUCGAUUUAAGCAGGUUUCUGAAGCGUAUGAGGUUCUCAUGGAUGAUCGGAAAAGGGCUGAGUUUAAUUACCGGUGGCGGGCAGGUGGUGGUGGAGGAAGUGGUGGUGCCGGUGGAAGUGCCGGUAACUAUUAUUAUCAGUCUCAGUAUAGUUAUGGAUAUGGUAGAAGUGGAAGUGGAAGUGGAAGUGGGAGUGGUUAUUAUGGUAAAAGUGGGUCUGGUGGUAGUGGUGGUUUUGGGGAUAAAUUUGGAGUUUUUAUUCGGAUUUUGACGGCGAGGUCUUCGCUUCUUAAUCUUGGAUUCGCAGCAGCUAUAUUAGGUGCGAUGGUUGUUGUUGAUUCAAGUGGAGAAUCUUUAUGGAAGAUGCAAAAUUCUGGGAAAUCUUUUGAAGAAGCCAUAAACACCAUUGAGAAAGCAAAAGUGUAUAAAAAAGACAACACGAAUGAACAUCCUUGAUUCCGUUCUCCGCUUCACUUGCCACUCAAAUGCUUCUUCACGUUUAAGAAAUAGUGAAUAAUGGAAGCUUUCAGUUUCGGGGGAUUGAUUGCAUGGAUAUAGUAUUCAUACGUGCAGCUGUUCUUCUGUCUGUAGUCUGUACCUUGUUGUCUCUUGCAGUUUGCCUCACUUAGUGGUCUCCCCUCCCUUCCCUAGUUACCUGUGCUAUUGCACUGCAAUCUAUAAUGUUAGUAUGUAUUCAAUAUACCGGAUAUUGGAUUCUCUGUAGUCACGCAGUCACAGAUUUAGGGAAUUAGAUUAAAUGCAGUAAGUGGUGGGUGCAGUUUGGUUCGUUCAGCACCUCUGAACUGUCCGAUCAAGAACGAACGCUUCAGGCCUUAAGAGAGUUUUUGAUUUUUUUUGAUUUAAUAUAUAAUUCUGAGGUUGAAAUCUGGACUGACCGAUUUUGAUCGUGAUCAGACGGCCUUGAGCUUGCCGACUGCAUGAUGACUACACCGACUUUUGACUGGACUCAAACCAAUUCCCAAAUUUAGGCGGUUUGAUGAAGAUCUGAUGGCUGAAAUCAGAUUUGUUGAAGUUGGAAUAAGAGCCAUAUGAUCGUCAUGCAAUGGUCGAGGUUUUUUUAACUGUGUGACUGCGUGUUUUUUCCUGAUUGCAGAGAAUUUGAGUCCAAUGUAGAAAGUAUACUUGUACAGUUGUACUUGUACGUGUAAAAGUAAAUCAAUGUGUAUGUAAAUUGAUUACAAUCCUGCUUGUACUUGUACUUUUACUGCAGAGAAUAUGAGAGCUUGUAUACUUGUUUAGUUCGCAUGUAGUUUCUUUCCUUUUA